CCUAAAUUUGAGCGGUAAACAGAUUCGUAACUAACCUAACUAUUUUUGUAAUCAAUUUUUUAACUAAAUUCCGCCACAAAGUGUUCUUUAGAGUUAUAAAUUACAUAAAACGAUCUUCAAAGUGUUGAAUACCAUGUCUCGGGAUUUACCAGAUGAAGAUGUGAUAUUAGAUAUUUCCAACUGCCAAGAUUUUGCCGGCAGUUGGAUGUGUCUUCAGACGCUCGGCGAGGGAGCUUAUGGGGAGGUGAAGUUAUUAAUGCAUCGCCACUCGAAGGAGACCCUGGCCGCAAAAAUAAUCGACCUGAAAAAACAUAAGGAUGCCGCUCAAAAUGUCCGUCGAGAGGUACGCAUCCACAGUAUUUUAGAUCACGAGAAUAUCAUCAAAAUGUAUGGCAGUCGAUGUGUAGGCGAUGCACGUUACGAAAUUAUUUACUUGGAAUUUGCUGCCGGUGGGGAACUGUUCAACCGAAUUGAGCCUGAUGUGGGGAUGCCGAUUGACGAGGCUCAAAAAUACUUUCAGCAGUUAUUAAACGGUUUGAGCUACUUGCAUCAGAGAGGAAUCACGCAUCGUGAUAUCAAACCGGAGAACUUACUACUUGAUAUCAAUGGUAACCUGAAAAUAAGCGACUUUGGUAUGGCUACGGUUUUCCGUUUGAGAGGAAAAGAACGGUUGCUGGAUAAAAAAUGCGGAACAUUGCCAUACAUUGCCCCUGAAGUUUUACUUAAUCCGUACAGUGCAGUAGAAGCGGACAUCUGGUCUUGUGGAAUUGUAUUGGUUGCAAUGGUAGCCGGAGAACUCCCGUGGGAUCAGCCAACUAUGGACUGCAUCGAGUACGGACAUUGGAUUAACGACCAGUAUUUACUCAUAACACCAUGGAGUAAAAUUGAAAAUACACUCCUCAGUUUGGUUAGAAAAAUACUGUCACUCAAUCCUAAGAAACGACUUUCGACAGAACUCAUUUUACGGCAUCCUUGGCUGACAAAGAAAUUUGUGGCGAAAGAUCCACAACUUCAAUCCGCAAACGGAGACUACCCCUGUAUGGCAUUAUCCCAACCAAUGCCUUGCAAUACGUCACGCGUAAACCCCGCGAAUAUUGCAGAAUUGCUUAAAGUGAACGAGCACCACUACUUCUCGCAGCCCACUCAAAACGACGAUCUGCUCAUUAGCUCCCAAAUACAGCUCACCCAAACUCACAAAAAGAACGAUUUUCCACAUUUAAUUAAGCGCAUGACGAGGUUCUUUGUCAAAACCAACUGCGAGGAAACCGUGCAGAGGAUAGGGGUGCUGUUGGAUGCUCUCCUCUACAAGUGGACCAUGGAUGAAGGAGGGGUCACGAUUUCCACAACCGACCGUAGAAAAGCGCAGUUAGUAUUCAAAGCCAACGUUAUUGAUAUGAAUGGGAAGAUUUUGUUAGAUUUUCGGUUAUCAAGAGGCUGCGGAUUGGAAUUUAAAAGAAGGUUUUUGCAGAUAAAACGUGAUCUGGUGGAAAUUAUUUUAAAACCUGCAGCCGAUGUUAAAGGAAAGUAAUUGUAAAAGUUCCUUUUUACCAAAAGCAGUUUUAUUAAGUAAAUUUCAGGUUUUUUACUGUGGUUGUGUGUUACCGUUGUUGUUAAUAAAUUUUGAUUGAGUAUUUAUGGUUCAGUGUUACAAAGAUGUGUUCUACAUUUAAUAAAUAUAUAUGUUUGAAAUGAC